GCCAAGUGCAAUUGUGCAAGCGAGCAGAGGCGAUCUGGGAACGCGGCGAGGAACGUCGGGAACGCGAGAAAGUCGCCUCGGUAUCCGGGUGACUGUCAGCAUGAAAGCGGAGUUCAAAUUCAUGGGUGCGGUUGUUAUGUCUACGAGAGGCCCCUAAAAAUCCGCCGAUUCACCGGUCCGCCCGGUGGUCUCAACCAGGAACGUGUGGUUGACGGCCAGCAAUCUCUUACAUCUGUUUCGACAGAUGCCAUGAAGAUUGCUUAGUGCCACCGACUCUUCCGUCGCGUUGUAUGUUGCUGCAUUAGUCUUCGGACUAACGACAGACAGGGAGGAGUAGAUCGAGACGCUACCCGUAGUGCGAGUAGGGGAUUGCGACGAUCUUGUAGCCGACGAGAAAACCAAGAAACGAAUCGACCAGCAUGGAUUACAACUACGACCGACCCGUUAGUCGUGCCCGUGGACGGCUAGUGGCUUCACGCCAAGCUUUCUUCGAGCAGGCGAGCAAUCCCUCUCAGAAGAAAGAUAGCUCUCGACCGUUAACGAGUCUCGUCGAUGAGAAACUCGAGAUGUUCACGAAAUCCGCUCAGGAAGCCACCAGAAAUCUUGCCAAAUCAACUCCCGACUUGACAGCUCUCGAAGAGGAUGCCAACAUCCGUGUCAGCCAGCAUCUGUCCAAGUCAAGGAGCAAUCUGAACCAGACUUUCGACAGCUCGCUGUUCCGUGCGCCGAAAGCCGUCGACGAAGCCGAUUUCCGCAGACCAAGCUCACCCAACAAGUCGUUCAGUUCCUACUUCACCGCCAAAAAGCCCCCCCUGCCGCCCAAGAAACCCUCAUCACCACCGCCACCUGCACCCGUCGCAAAAGACACCAAAACACCUGCCCUGCGAGGGAUCACUCCUCCCGCAGGAGUAUCAAAAGCAGCUGCAACGACCGUUGGAAGCGUCCCGGGUGCAGGUGUUGCCCCGUCGGGCAAAAUGUCAGAGUUCGAUCGGAUCGUGAACUCGAUCAAAUCAACGGAUACCUACAAACGCUACAAGAACCAUCCCGCCAUGUCACAGCCUGAUCUUCGAAGACGCAGCAAGAGUCUCGGUUUUCUCGAGCUUGACGAGGAAGACAACUGGGUUCUUCCAACGAAACCGGUCGUGGAACCAGUUUUCCCCGAGCUCAGUGAGAGGUCUGUGAGCACUACUCACUUGGCAAAGAAAACAGCUUCAAAAGGCGGAUCCACCGGAGGAGCCGCCAACACGUCGUCGGAUGACGAAGCCAGCGACUACGAAGACGUCCCGAUUCCGUGCAACCGUCUCACCGCUGCCAAAUCAGAAUUCGAGCUCCGCGUCGAGAAAUCCCUCAAGAACCUCAACGUACCCGAUUGGUAUACAAAGUCGAGCCGACCGUCGAGUCGAGCUUCCAUUCUGUCCGGGCGCAACACGCCCGCCAUGUCGAGCGAACGCUUUACGCGCAACCGGCCCGACUACGAAUCGUUCCGGAGCGCCUACUCGGUGAGCAGCAGCACCGCUACCCCGAAACGUGAGACGGUUUCGCGAACGACGACCCCAUCGUGGAGAAGCUUCAGUCGCCGAAGUCCCCCGACCCCCAGCAGCGAGUCCGAGCACCAGAGCAUGGAGAAAACCCAGAACUGGAUCAACUCCCAACAUUCUGUCUUGACUACAACGACCACCACUGCCAGCACUAGAGAACCUUAUGCCGGGUGGAGACGUGCUAAAGACCUCUCGGAUACGGAGUUCUCUUCGUCUUUCGAGGAGAAACGCUGUGAAGGCAGCGAACGAUACUCGUUCUUGCAGGCUGUCAACAAUUCGGUCCUCUCCGAGGAUCGCAGCUAUUUGGAAACUAGCUUCGACUCGACCCCCACGACCGAGUAUCACAACAAGGUUUGGAUCGAGUCCUCGCUAAUUUCCAGACCCGCGGUCAACGGCUACCGACAGACCGAUUAUCAGGAGAUCUACAAGGGACAGAAUUAUCCUGGAUACAGACCCGAUUACGGAGUGUACGAGAAACGUCAGAAUCGUCACCCAGACGUAAUUUACAAUAAGGAGAAGCCGCCCAGACCAUCGACCCGGAAUCCUUUCUCGGGUGGCUUGCUCGAGGCCGUGGUCUGAAAGCAUUUGUGUAAUACUUCGCACCGCUUCAUUCUAAGCCUAGUCCAGCUUUAUUCCGGCCGGCCCCAUCAGGCUUUGUAUUUCGUGCAGGAACUUCCCUAGGGAGACCGACUCGUCUAUGGAAAACAGGCGUAAACCGUUCCGAUAAUUCCGACUGCUUCUGAAUGAGACGAAGUAUGAAAUCCAUCUGUGAACUCUUUCACACGGAGGAACUGACUCGAAUGAGAGACAGAUAAGAGGAACGGGGAUGUUCUUCCAUCCCCAGCUGACUGAAUCGCUGGAUAAGGGAGAGAGGGGAGGCAGCACGUGAACCUGCGAGCGAGCCGUAUAUGUAAAUAAAGUGCCUACCUCAGUUCUCGCUUAGUUAGCUUCGUAGUUGCGGAUACGAAGAACUGUUAGGGUCUCCGAUGGAAUUCGAGAGAGAGCAGACGCCGGACCCGUAUAAGGAAACAUCAGGCAAUAUACCUUUCAAUAAUAUAUAUAUACAUACAGUU